AUGACCAACACUCAGUUUGGCGAAGAAUGCGACAUUGUCGCCGUCCUUACCCCUAAGCCGGGCAAGUUGGACCGAGUCGCUGAGCUCCUCACCAAACUCACCGCAUGUGUCAAGAAGAAUGAACCCGGGGUUUUGAGCUUCCACUUGUACAAGGACUUUGACCGGGAGACCGGCCAAGAGGAGCUGGUUUUGGUCGAGAAAUAUGUGAACAAAGAGGCAUAUGAUCUCCAUGCUGAACUACCCGACUUCCAAGCCAUGCAUGCUACCUUUCGCGCUGAGGAGCUCAUGGCCAAACCCAUCUUGGUCAAGAGUGUGAAACCAUUGGUGGGGUUUGAGCGCAGCUAG